GGCGGAGCUAAGGGGGAAUGCUGUGGGACAUGCGCAGUAUCAACAGACUGGCCCCGCAACGGGCCAAUGGGAAGAGGGAAGGUGCUUACCGCGGUCCGGUCAGCGGUGGAGGCCGGAAGACUCAGGCGCAGCAAUUGCUAGGUUUGCUUCAAGCUGGUUGCCCACAAUCCCCUACCUGAGAAAUCUCCUAUUCUCACUGUUUCUGGCUUGAUGAAGUCACCACUGGUUUCCAUCCACGCUUGUUUGUGAAAAGUAAGUGUUGGACCAGGUCUGAGGGCUCAGCUGGUGGGUGUUGCUGUCUGUAGGUGGAACCUAUGCUGGAACUCUCAACCACAACACCUAUACGUGGCUUCUCCACUUGUUAUGGGCCUUCUCAAAGUGCGUUGUGGCUAGAUUGGGAGGAAGAGCAUGCGGAGAGUCAGCCAGAAGUUGUGUCAUCAUUUCUACACGAUCCUUGAAAAUCAUGCAGCGUCACUUCAUAUGCUCUCUAUUGGCUGGAAACAAGUCUAAAGCUGGAAACAAGUCAUAUAGAAAAAGGAAACUGCACUCCCAACUUUUGAUGGCUGGAGAACAAUGACUUUACUGCUGUUGUGAAUACUGAUGGCAUUUAUUGCAACUUCACUAAGAACCACAGAACAUGCCAGAGGACUUACACACAUUGAAAUAAUUUGCACAACACACUUACGAGAUGGACCUCUGAGUAACGGGAACUUGGCCUGCCUUGCCUACUGAGCUUGAUGGAAGAUCAGCUGUAAAUGAGUUGAUUAUAUUCCGUGAAGUAAGAGCGCAUCACCGGCCAGGGGUUUAAACUACUUUUUCAGCAUCCAUUCACCUGUGGACUCUUCUCAAUUUUGCUUUUCUGGGAGAAGAAACUGGGGUAAGAGGAGAUCAUUUUUAAAUAAGUUAGCAUCCUUUUCCUUCCCUCACAAGUUGAUGCAAAGGCUGAGGCUGUGACUCCAUUGGACUGCACCUUUAAAUCAAAAUAGCAGAAGAAAGGGACAAUGGCUCUGAGUGGAAAUUGCAGUCCCUAUUACCCUCGAGAACAAGGGGCAGCAGUUCCCAACUCCUUCCCUGAAGUCAUAGAGCUGAAUGUUGGGGGUCAAGUUUACUUCACUCGCCAUUCUACACUAAUAAGCGUUCCUCAUUCCCUCCUUUGGAAAAUGUUUUCCCCAAAGAGAGACAUGACUAACGAGAUAGCCAAGGACUCCAAGGGAAGGUUUUUCAUUGACAGAGAUGGAUUUUUGUUCCGUUAUAUUCUGGACUAUCUCAGGGACAGGCAGGUGGUCCUGCCUGAUCACUUUCCAGAAAGGGGAAGACUGAAAAGAGAAGCAGAAUACUUCCAGCUCCCAGACUUGGUCAAACUCCUGACUCCUGAUGAAAUCAAGCAAAGCCCAGAUGAAUUCUGCCACAGUGACUUUGAAGAUGCCUCGCAAGGAAGCGACCCAAGAAUUUGUCCCCCUUCCUCACUGCUCCCUACUGACCGCAAGUGGGGUUUCAUUACUGUGGGUUACAGGGGAUCUUGCACCUUGGGUAGAGAGGGACAAGCAGAUGCCAAGUUUCGCAGAGUCCCCCGAAUUUUGGUUUGUGGAAGGAUUUCCUUGGCCAAGGAAGUCUUUGGAGAAACUUUGAAUGAAAGCAGAGACCCUGAUAGAGCCCCGGAGAGAUACACCUCCAGAUUUUAUCUCAAAUUUAAGCAUCUGGAAAGGGCUUUUGAUAUGCUGUCAGAGUGUGGAUUCCACAUGGUGGCCUGUAACUCAUCGGUAACAGCAUCUUUCGUCAACCAGUACACAGAUGACAAGUUCUGGUCAAGCUACACUGAAUAUGUCUUCUACCGUGAGCCUUCCAGGUGGUCAUCCUCCCACUGCGACUGCUGCUGCAAGAACGGCAAGGGUGACAAAGAAGGGGAGAGUGGCACAUCUUGCAAUGACCUCUCCACCUCCAGCUGUGACAGCCAGUCCGAGGCCAGCUCCCCCCAGGAGACGGUCAUCUGUGGGCCUGUGACACGCCAGACAAACAUCCAGACUCUGGACCGUCCCAUCAAGAAGGGCCCAGUCCAGCUGAUCCAGCAGUCAGAGAUGCGGCGGAAAAGUGAUCUGCUCCGGACUCUGACUUCAGGCUCUAGGGAGUCGAACAUGAGUAGCAAAAAAAAAGCUGUUAAGGAAAAGCUCUCCGUUGAGGAAGAGCUGGAGAAAUGCAUCCAGGAUUUCCUAAAGAUCAAAAUUCCAGAUCGGUUUCCUGAGAGAAAACACCCUUGGCAAUCAGAACUCUUACGGAAGUAUCAUCUAUAGGGGAGGGCUGGGGGUGGGAGAAAAAAAAACAAAAACAGAAAACAAAAUCAAGUUACCAUUUUGAAAUAAAUCUCCUAAAAGAAAUUCAUAUUUUAAAGAAAAAUAACAACUAACGAUACACAUUUGUUAGAACACAAUAGUCCACUGACAUACACUACUGCCUACUUUUACCUAGUUCACCUUAACAUGUAAAUCCACAGGGUAGAUUUCUUUCCAGAUGUGGAAAUACAAGAAAAAACAUCUUGUUGUUGUCGUUUGUUUACUCGGUCCCACGUGCUGAGUAUCUUCUGUACAAUGACAACCAGCUACAGGAGAGUAGCUGACAGACCCGGGGAGUCAUUUAUCCCAAACUGGGUUUUUUCUCUCAUUUUCUACCUCCCUCCCUUGAACAAGGAUAUGUGGUAGAAAGAGAUCUGGCCAAAUGGCAUAGGUUUAGUUUUUAUUAAUAUUCUUUUCCUUUUCCUUUGUUUAUGGGGUGAGGGGGCAAUGGCAGAUUUAUAUGAUUUUUCACUUAAAACUAUGUGUGCCAGUUUAUAUUGACUCCAUUUGCAUGAGUAUUUGUGCAACACGGGCACAGCUCUAAGUCUGUAUAUACACACCAUGCACACGACCCGGGGCUUAGACAUCCUCAGGGAUAAGGGUCACACUCCUGUGUCCGGUGUCCCUUCCUGGAGCCCUUCCGGACGGAUGAGCCUCUGCUUGUUUCUUGAAAUGCUCGCUGUGGGCAGAUUUCCCAUCCUUCCUCGGCAACACUUUCUAACAUCGAAUAACCCUCAUCAUCAACAAAUUGUCUUCCUCAUUUUAAAAUUAAUACCCUCAGGCUCCAUUUUAUGACUCUGCUCUUUCUCUGCAUUAGGAGAGGGUGAGAAGAGCUGGUCAGACAUUCUUUGCGUUGCACAAAUAAUCAUUUAUAUUCGUGAAAAUAACUACUGGAUGAGUUGAAUCAUCACCCUCCUCUCCAUGUUUCAAAGUUCUCACAACAUUUUACAGUGUGGCCUUUCUACACAAACCACACAAAGUCCUCUGUAUUUCCGUGUGGUUGUGGAGCUAAGAACAGCAUACCAUAUUUGAGUAAGGAUAGAGCCUUUGUUUAUUUUACAAGAAUUGCAUUCCACACACCUCCUAAUAAUUCAUCAUAAGAAUUUUAAAUUAUGAUGCUACAUUACUGCUUGCUUGUAGCCAGCUUUGGUUGGCCUUCAGGAUUCUGGUAUUUGACUGUGUCCACAUUAAGAUUUACUUGUGGCAUUUUUAAGAUAUCCAUGACAAUCCCACUAGGUAACUGAAGCUCCAAAGUUAAGGUUUGGGCUUUCUAAAACUACGUUUUUUCAAUCAUAUCCUUGACUAUAUGGACACAGCCAAAGCAAAAUUGUUAAUAGCCAUCAAUCCAUGUGACUUUGUGUUCUAUUAAUGCACUAUAGCUAGUUCUUUUGUAGACUUGUGCCUAAUGAAGGUCAAAAUAUCAGUUUUAAUUUUCAACAUUCUUCAUGCAUUUCAGUGGACACUGAAAAAAUGAUUUGUCAAUUAUUAAUUAUGUGCCAAUCACUCUUAGCUUUUUGUUGUGUGUGUCUCUGUGUGUGUUUGUGUGCAUGUGUGUGCACCACAGGUAAUAAAGGCAAUUGGAUGAUGGCUGUAGGAGGAAGAUCUAAUGAUUUCUUUUCUUCUUUUUGAAAGCUUUUGCUGAUACACAUUUACUGUGUAAAAGUUCUGUAUUGAUUUCUGUUAUUAGUGCUCAUCAGUGUAUAAAUAUCUUUCUAAAUUUUUGUAAUUCUCACCUUCACACCUGGGCAGUAGAUUCAGGCAAUGUUUCUUCUCCUAAUGAUUCAAAUGGAGUUUAAAGUUUCACUUAGGUUAAAAAAGAAAUUUAUUUUAGGAAUUGUCAAGAGAAUUUAUAAUUUAUGGAUUUAAGUGUUCUUUUAUGUAUCAAUACAUUAACAGAUAUUUGAUUUCAACUGCAACAUAGCUUUGCUUGUAAAAUCUAUGUAUACGUCUUCAUUAUUUUCAAUGUGUCUUAUGAUAUAUCAAAAUACUGUCAUCUUAGUAACAGAAAAUACUGCAAAGAAUCACAGCACUCAAGAGGUUGUGAAGAAAUUGAAUUUAAAACUUAACUAAUUUUUGUAGUCUCACUGGAAGGACUUUUAAAGAAUUUGGAAUGUAAGUACCUUGGCCAAAACCCCAGCUUCCUUAAAUUUCAUACCUAACUGUAAUAGCAUCAAGAUAGAGACACACACAGGUAAGAACUGAGGAACUGAGUCGGCAGUCAACCUGUACUUUCUACUGUGUACAUCAAACAGGAAAUUAAGCACUGCAAAAAAGGUUUUCAUUGCACUGAUCCUCCAGCUCCUGCAAAUAUCAGCUGGGUCAGUGAGAGGCUCUGAGGAAGCUCUGAGUUGUCUACUGUGGUCCAGGUUGCCGGCAACAAUGGAAAUAAGUUCUCGCUAUGUGAGUUAUGAGAUUAAAUGCUCUCGUAGCCCGGGUAGUCAGUCUUGUUUCACUGAAUCUAAGGCAGUUUUUAGAACGUUUAGUUCAAUUCUGGACAAAACCAUAUAUGUAGUUCACUUCUUGAACACUGGUUAUGACAAGGACAGUUAAUGGUUGAUUUGAAGAAACUAGUGGUAUCAGAUAGGUCAAAUGAAUGGGGAAUCUUACUGUAAGGACCCCAUUUAGGUUGUCUCCCAGGAAAUCCCACAGUGCUAAUUAUAGUGAGCAUGGGAAGGCCUACCCCUAAAGGUGUAUUGGUCCCCCGAGUCAUCUACAUAUUGAUGAAGUCCUCCUACCUACUAUCAAAAAAAACAGUGAUCUACAUUCAGCAGAAAAACAAAAAGAGAGGAAAAUGAAAAUUCCGGAUUGUUCCUCCCUGUGCUAAGAAAUGAUUGCACUGAGAUGUGGUCACAAAAAGCAAAGUGGCUUCCAAAGUAGUAUUCAAUGAUGUUUUCCUUUGAAAUUACAGCCACAGAUACCUUACUGGAAAUGCCUAAGUGGCAAUUUAAAAUGAAAGGGGGAAACAGUGCUCUGAAUAGCAUUUUUUUUUAACUCUUUUUUCCUUCAUAAUUAUGCCUAUUUCAACUGAUUCACUUUGGGGGGACACACUGGUUAAGGAGGGCUGACGCAGAAUUUUUCAGUUGGCCUCAUUUGAUUUAGAGGCACCUUAAUACACAGGCAAAGAUGUUUCACUCAUUCUGGAUUCUUUUGUUACCAUUGCUUGUGCUUCUGAAUUAGUUUUAUUUCCCUGGGCUUUAGGUACCCCGAGGAUCUUCUGUCAGUGCUAAGCAAAAUAUACUCCAGUGAGAAAAAGGAAAGGUGUUUUGCAAAAUCACUUGACACUAGUUGCCACAGUGGGAGUCAAACUUUGAUUCUGAAACAUUCUUUUUUCUACAGUUUCAAUCCUUCAAUUUUGUAUCUACCACAAAGGAUUAACACAGAGCAUUUGAGUGCUGAUAUUUUCUGCCACUAGAUAUACUGCUACGGAAUUUGACUAACCUUGGCCUUCUAGGUGAUCUUUACUAGAAUUAAUAAGAAUUUUCUCUGAACUUUUUAGAAAGAAUUUUUGUCACCUCCACUUGACAUAGCAAUUUUCUAAGGAAAAAAGGAGGGAGUUAUUUUUUCCCCUGGUGACUCUGUGGCAGAGAAAUUUUUUUGCCAAUUUGCAUGCUGGCUUAUAGGUUUAGUAUGGGCCAUUUCUCUUUAAUAUCUUGAUAUAGUGGAUAUCUUGCAAUCUUGAUGGCCCACUAUUUCAUUUUAUUUAUUUUCUUUUUAUAUUGUCAAAAUAACAAACAGGAGAAAGACUCAAAGUGAAUGUUUUGUACUUUGAGUUACAAUGGAGUUAGAUGUCAUUUGUACAGGGCUGUAUGAUGAUUAAUAUCUGCAGAGAAAUUAGACCGAAUGAAAGCUGCUGGAAUGCGUUUGAUUUAUAUUCCUUUCAUCCUUCUGUUCUUAGAUGAAAUGGUUAUUGCUCUCCACCCCUGCUGAAAGAGAAGUUUUAAACAUUAAUAAUCACAAUGUUGUGAUACAACCGGAGCUUAUUUGAAAUGUCUGUUUUCCUUAUCUUGCCAUAUACCUUGGAAUGAAGAUUCUUUCCCUAGUGACUUCACUGCAAACAUUUUAGCUGUGAUUCACAGCACUCAAUAUGCACGAAAUCAUCUAUCUCUUUUUAAAAUGAAGAUUCCCGCACCUUAACUCCAAAGUUUGAGUCAGAAACUUGAAUCAGGGCCAAGGAAUGUGCAUUUUGAAAUUCUAUUCUUGAUGAGUUUAAUCAAGGCGGUCUACUGACCUUUCUUUGAGAAACUGCUGCUUGAAGAGUAUGCAGAGGUCAAGAUUUCUCUCCCUUGCUGUUGGUGCUUCCUUACCUUCUCUCACUUUCUCCUCUCUACAGAUAAGUUAACGCAUGCAUUAUUCAUCAUCUUGAGAGAAAAGGCUCAAAAUAGAUCAUUGGUAGAACCGGGAUAGGUCAGACUUUGUCAAGAUCCCAUGGCCAUUCAUCUGCCUCUCAGCCACAGUCCCUUCCCACUGCCACCCCAUCAUUACAAUUUUAUGCCCAGGUAUGUGCAGUACAUCUUUAAAUGAGAUGUAUCCUAAUGAUAGCUAACAAGGAGUAAAAAUAAUGACCUUUCCCAAGGACAGGUGCUCCUUGCCUUAUUUUGAGUCUGAGAAAUUUAAGAGUGACCAUCUAGCCCUUUUUAAAAUGAAGAUUCCCAUAUUCUAUGUGAAUAUGGAUUGAUUAGUGAAUCCAGGUUUAUUUUGUCAAUGUUAUUGACAUUAUCAUGACAUUAUGAACCAUUGAAAACAUUACUUUUUCCACUUUGAGGUAGAACUCUGAGAAUCUCAGGUAAUGAAGUUCUUAAACUCCAACUAAAAAUUUGAAGUAAAAACUUGUAUAUGACAGUAAAUGCAAAGGAAAGAGGGAAUGAAUUCCAAAUGGCAUUAUUCCACAGGUAAUGGUCCAAAAGAGAAUGAAAAUGGAGUCCUGUAAUUUUCUAGUCCCUCUGACCAGAGGGGAUGGCUAUACUACGAUUAUUCAGAUAAAAACAAAAACAAAAACAAACAAGCAAAAACAAACCCUAGAAGGUGGCAAUGGCCCUAUCCAUAUAACAAAGUAGCAAGAUCGAUGUCAGAUUCCCACAUUACAAGAAAUAAAGAAAGGGUGGUUUAAAUAAUGAAUGGCUUGGCAUGACUAUUAGUGAAUAUUUAAUUAAAGAUCAUUGCCAAAGCAAAUUAAGGAAUAGUUAAUAAAAUAGAUGAGCUUGUGCAUCUAAUUAAGAUUAUUUGGUCAAUAUAAAAACAAAACAAAAUUGAAAUGGUUUGUGGCCUUCUCUCUCCUUCCCAAAUGAGAUCUCUUACUACCCCAACUUCCUGCCUUUCGAGAAUGUUCCUCUUGUUUGUGAGCAAAUUGUGUUCUUAAUAGGGUAAUUAGUUUUAAGCUCUAGGCCCCCAUAAUUGCUUUAUUGAGGGGAAUUACUUUAAAAAGGAUAAAGAAAAAUGUGGCCUGCCCCAGUGACUAUCAGGAGGGUUGUCUUGGAGGAAGAUGAUUUUCCUGUUAAUCUUUAAAAGCACUUACAAGAGAUUUAGGAAGACUCCUUUCUCCAGUGAUAUGCUCAUCUAGCCAAUUCAUUGUUAGAACUGACCUCUAGCUAACUUAUCUGCAUUUGCACAGUAAAAACUAAUAUAACUUCAGAUCCUCCUUGAUGUGGGUUCCAUCUGUCACAAUGGAAAUGGAACUGACACAUCACAAAAGCAGGGAAGAACUGUUUCAAAAUUGUAUGUGUGUGCAUGUAUGGGCAUAGGGGCCUAUGUGUAAUUUUCAGAGAUACAGCAACCAAAUGAUCGAAUUUUGGGCACUCCAACAAACACAGUAAGUUGUGGUCUCGUUUAUAGCCAUGGGCUUUGCCUAUUGGAAAAUACAAAAAGUACUUAACUUAACCUAUGCAAACAGAGUUUCCCUGGUGCUCCGUGGGAUCAAUUUGUAUGCCUGCAAGCCUGUCCCUUCAGAAACAUGGCUCCCAGCCCAGGGUUCAGCUGAUGUACCAAGCACAGAUUCCUCCUCUGACAUACCCAAAGCACUUGUGAAUGAAUUGAGUGUGGUCAUUCAUUUUUUUUUUUUCUCAUAAGACCCUUGAAGAUGUGGCCUUAAAGGCAUUAGAAAAAGUUACUUUUUUAGUAAAUAUUCUAAUUAGGAUUAAGGACACUUAAAAGAUUGUGUUUCCCAAUACUUUGGAACAAACAGAGGUUUUACAUCAUCCUGGUUUGAAGUUCCCAUGCCAUUUUCAUAGUUUAUUUUUAAUUUCAAAGGAUAAUGCUGAAUCAGGAGAAUUUUUCUUAAAACAGUCUGCUUAGUGUAUUUUUUUAAUCCUGAGGAGUUGGGAAGUGGGGGUGCCAAAACUCCUCAUGACCUUGUUUCUGUUCUAAAAAAGAGACUCAUGAAUUGCUGAAAAUAUGUACUACUUAAGAUACAGAGAAACACCAAUUUAGGGAAGCUGCAUUCAGAGUUCCACUGAAAGGUGUUCAUAGGACCUGUGUUAUGUGGGCCACUCCUUAGAUUCGUCAUAGCCUUCAGCUUAGUCUGUAAAAUAAAGAAUCUUUGUGUUGGCUGAAGGAACUUAAAUAAAAAUCUUAGUUGAAUUCUUGUUUCCUUCAUCUUUUAUAACCAGGGGAGUACUGGGUAGAACCUAAUACACAAAAUAACUUGUCCAAAUUAAAUUGACACAUUUAAAUAAUAUCAGCACAACCCUUAACAUUUAUAAAAUUAAGGACCCUGUUGACUGAAUUACUUGGAGAUCUUCAAACGUAUUUUACCAGGGAUUAUCAAGUUCCUCUCUCUAUCUGUCGCUGAUACUCUGAAUGUGAUGCCAGCACAGACAGAGAAGUCUGAAUUUUGCUGGAACUAACACCAAGUGGAGAUUUAUUAGGGCCUUGCUCACAUUAUUCUUUCCUGACCUCAUUCAAGCACUUGAUGAUGUGGGUCAGUUUCUUGCACACUGAUGUAUACCAAGUGAAACCCAUUGAAAUUACCUCUUCUCUUUUCCAAUGCAGUUUGCUUGUACAUAAGUGUAAUGUCAACUUGUUUACAGGUUCUUUUUGUGUGUAAUUGUGAUAGCAGAUUUAGCUCAAACUUUACAGGAAUCUGUUUACUGAAUGGUGUUAAAAUGAAUGUGCUUAUUACAGUAUAAACAUCAUUAAUUAUGGACUCACAUGAAUGCAUGUCUACAUGGCGUCAACUUCCAGCAGCUUGGUUAUUCAGCAAAAGUCUGCAGUCUGUGAAUAGCAAAUAUACAUAAACUACUGUGACUCUAAUAACUCACUAGCUGUUUUACCUUGGUAUGUAACACUGUAGAUCUCAGCCUGCUGUAUUUCUUUCUUACCUAUUUGUUUUUGCAAGAGAAACAUGCUAAGAAAUAGUAAUAUGAAUGUCCCAGUGAAAUUGCACACCAUUUCGGCAAUCAUUGGUCCACUCAAAAGGCAAUAGCCUGUAGAUGGAACAACAGCCCUGAGAAACAUAUAAAUAUAUACAUACAUAUCUAUGUACGCAAUAUCUACAAUGUUAAUUAUUACCAUCUAUUCUCACUGCCAAUGGAAACAAACUAUUAUUUUCUUUGAAAUCACUGAUGGAUAAAAAAAUUAAUUUGCUAUUAACUGCUUUCACAUUCUGUUUGUUUCUUAUAGUAUGGUAGAUGAUACCGGUGCAGUAUCAGUAUUGUAAAAUUGUGUGGUGAAACUACAAAAGUCAUUCUGUGGAUAUAUUUUAAAAGGCAGAACAGAAACUAUAUUUCAGAUUCUUGUGUGAAUAUAAUUACAGAAAUAGGUAACUAUUUUUUAUGUGUUUCCAUAAAUGACUCCAUUUCAUAUACAUUGUAAUUUAGCACCAAUCAUAAUAAAUCGUUUGGUAACA